AUGCUUAUCAGACCUACCCGUUUCUUCUUCACGGAGCCAAUCGUGACUGCAGUGAGUGUCAUGAGUGGUGUUGUUUUCGCUUCGGUAUACCUGCAGACAGAAGGUUUGACCGUGACCUACGAAGCAUUUGGGUUCAGUGAGAGGCAAGCUUCCCUGGUCUUCUUCGCGUGGAUAGUAGGGUUGACAUUGACAAUUCCUCUUCGAAUGUACGACUGGCGCCGUGUAUCACAAAGGAUCCAGAGAAACGAAGAGGUGAGGCCGGAAGACAAAGUUACUGGAGCAUAUGUCGCGGCACCUGUGCUCAUGGCGGCUUUGUGGUGGUUCUCAUGGACAGUUCCUCCAGUGGGCGCAAGCAUAUCUCCCUACGUAUCCUUAGCAGCGAUAGUGCUUGUCGGCGCUUGUACCAACGAAUUCGAUGGCAUCUUACAGGGAUACCUCACAGACUCGUAUGCGACAUACGCCGCCUCUGCAAAUGCACCACUAGCAGCACUAAGGGCGACAUUGAGUGGUUCCUUCCCAAUCUUCGGAAGACAAAUGUUCACAAAUCUGGGCAGUAAUAUUGCUGGGUCUGUACUGGCUGGAAUUGCGACGAUCUUUUGCUUCAUCAUGUAUUGGUUCUACAAGCGAGCUGAGAUCACACGUGAAAAAAGUAAAUAUGCUGUGCAUACUGGACAUGAGGGAGACGAAAAGUCGGAUGCAUGA